AUGCCGCUUCUUCCUGGAGCUGAAGCGCCAGUGGCUUUGUCUUCGGCGCAGGUCAAGCGCAAGGCGGUCAAAGCAAAAGCGAAGCCCAAGGGUAAGGUCCAGGGGGCUGACAAUUGGGCGGGGUCCGCUUCUGGAAGCUCCAAGCGAGAUCGAGAUGACGAAUUGCUCCAACUUGACCUGAAAAGAGAACAGAUCAAAACCUUCCAGCGGGCCGAAGAUAUCGUUGCGGAGCACACUCAGUUGGCGCAGGAUGCGCUCACAUGCGGGGGCUCAAUGGCGCCAGAACACGCUCAACUGGUAAAACAGCGGCUGUCAGCCUUGAAGUUGUUCGCAGACCGCUCGUUGCCACAAGGCGGUGACGCGGCGCACCGGCUAGAGCUUUCACCUGCCAGCCUUCAGCUUCGCAAAGCCGCGCUCGUGACGACUCUUAGUUGCCGAAAGCAAAACUUUUUGCUCGACGUGUUCAAUUGUGAACCAGUUAACUCCAGUUUCUUUCUGGGCAAGACAGGGAUGGUGUGCUGA